AUUCUCCCACGAACAAAUGACUUGGAAUUUUUGAGUUUACUCUGAGGCUGCCUCACGUUUGAAUGGAAUAUGACAUUCUCAUUCUGUCAUUGCUAAGCCCCCCAAUCUGCCUGUCUGCUUUUUCGUCUGUGUCUUGUCUUUCUUCUGUGCUUUAAUGCAUCUCUACCAGCCAAACCCAACUCAACUUUUGGAGGGUAAAAGCUGAAAGCCUGAAGGCAUAGGCCGGUGAAUUCAUGUUCAUGGUCUUGAUCCCCCUGAAGCCACCACUAGUUUCUUCGCUACUUCAGUCUUCAGUUGUAUUAGUCUUGAGCACAGUAUACUCAUCCAAUGAGAAUAUCAUUACUUAAAUGGCUUUCCUUCAUUUUCAGUUAUUAUUGGGUAUUUCUUAGCUUCCACGUCUAUAUGGUUUCUGGGCAUUCUGUCCAUUGUCUUGACGACCAGAAACUUCUGUUACUUCAAUUGAAGAAAAACCUCAAAUUCAACCCUCUUGAUUCCAGCAAAUUGGUGUUCUGGAAUGAAAGUCAACGUUGCAAUGAGUGGAGUGGCAUAACUUGGAACGGUGAUGGACAUGUUGCUGGUUUAGACUUGAGUGGGGAAUCUAUAUCUGGAGGACUAAACAAUUCUAGUACUCUUUUUAGUCUUCAUUAUCUGAACAAUUUGAACUUGGCUUUCAAUAACUUCGGUUCAGUGAUUCCAUCUGGAAUUAAAAAUUUGAAGAACUUAACUUCUUUGAAUUUGUCAAAUGCUGGCUUUGUGGAUCAGAUACCAAUGGAGAUUGCUCACCUCACAAGGUUAACCAUUCUUGAUCUGUCUACUCUUUAUUAUCUAGGAGGAUCAGCUCCGAAACUUGAGAAUCCGAAUCUGGUGAAGCUUGUUCAGAACCUCAGUGAAGUUAGAGAACUAUAUCUUGAUGGCAUUAAUAUAUCGCUGAAGGGAAAUGAAUGGGGUCAUGCUUUAUCAUCUUUUCUACCUCAUCUACAGGUACUAAGCAUGUCAAAUUGCAACCUGUCAGGCCCCAUCGAUUCCUCACUUAAAAAGCUUCAAAAUCUCUCCAUAAUUCGCCUGGAUCAGAAUAAUUUGUCAGCCCCAGUGCCCAGCUUCUUUGCUAAAUUCUCAAAUCUAACCAAUCUGGACCUCAGUUCUUGUGAUUUGAGUGGUCGGUUUCCAAAUGAGAUCUUCCAGGUACAGUCACUCACUUCUCUUGAUCUAUCAUAUAAUCAUGGUCUUCAAGGUUCUCUGCCAUUACACUUCCCACAGAACGGAUCUCUCCAGAUAUUGAUCCUAAGCAUUACAAAUUUCUCCGGAGCAUUGCCACCUAACAUAAGCAAAUUACGGAAGUUGACCAGACUAGAGCUUUUCCAAUGCCAAUUCAAUGGAAAACUACCAGAUUCAAUGUUGGAUCUCCCUGAGCUCACUUACUUAGACUUGUCGUUUAACGAAUUCAUUGGUGCAAUCCCAUCAUUUGGCAUGGCCAAGAAGCUUACUCACAUAGACCUAUCUCAUAACGAAUUAAACGGUGGAGUUGUAUCAGUUCAUUUCGAAGGCCUCUUGAAUCUAGUCAGCAUCAAUUUAAGGGACAAUUCUCUCAAUGGGAUAAUUCCUAUGUCUCUGUUUUUGCUCCCAUUGCUACAACAUAUACAGUUCUCCAACAACAACUUUCAAGGUCAGCUAGCUGCCAUAUCAAGGUCAGCAUCGAUUUACAGGACAAUUCCCUCUAAGUUACAAGUACUUGAUUUAAGUAGUAACUAUUUAAGUGGGCCUAUUCCUCAAUUUAUUUUUCAUCUAGGCGGGCUUAAGAUCCUUCAACUGUCUUCCAACAAGUUCAAUGGCAUGCUGCGGCUGGAUAUGUUUGAGAGACUUCAAAAUCUAACUACGUUAGAUCUUUCAAACAACAACUUGUCAAUUGACGCAAAUGUUAAGAAUGCCAACUGGUUAUUCUUUCCCAACAUGACUAGUGUGAAGUUGGCAUCUUGCAAGUUGAGACAAUUCCCUAGUUUCUUCAGAAAUAUGUCCAGAUUAACCAAUCUAGACCUCUCGAACAAUGAAAUUAAAGGAAAAAUACCCAAGUGGAUUUGGGAGCUUGGCUAUCUUGGUCAAUUAAAUCUUUCUCACAAUUCAAUUCAGGAGAUAGAAAGAGUCCCACAUAAUCUUGGCCCUAACAAUUUGUUUGUGCUUGACCUCCAUGAGAACAACCUCCAAGGCACACUUCCAGCAUUUCCUAAGUCUGCCUCUUAUUUGGACUAUUCUUGUAAUAAUUUCAGCUAUGUUGUUCCCCCUGACAUCGGUAACUAUCUGAAUUUCACAAUUUUUCUCUCUCUGUCACACAAUGCUCUCUAUGAAAGAAUCCCUGAUUCCAUCUGCAGUGCUUCAUAUCUUCAAGUGCUUGAUCUUUCCUACAACAACUUUAAUGGGGCGAUUCCACAUUGUCUAGCAAAAAUUGAGGCUCUUGGUGUAUUGAAUUUAGAAAAAAACAAUCUCAGUGGCAAAAUUCCUGAUACUUUUCACGCUUUAUGUGCUCUUAAGACUCUCGAUCUUAGUGGUAAUAAUUUACAAGGGCCAAUUCCAAAUUCUCUGUCCAAGUGCACCACACUAGAGGUGUUAGACCUUGGAAAUAACAAGAUGGAUGAUCGAUUUCCAUGCUCGUUGAAGAUAAUACCUACACUCCGGGUCCUGAUUUUGCGAAACAACAAUUUCCAUGGUCCUAUUGGAUGUCCAAAUAUGAAGGGAAUGAAUUGGACGAUGCUUCAAAUUGUGGAUCUAGCUCUCAACAAUUUUAAUGGAAAGCUGCCAGGAGAAUGUUUUCCGACUUGGAAGGCAAUGAUGCUUGACGAAGAUAAAACAGCGUCAAAGGAAAUUUCGAUUCACUUCAAUUUCUUUAGAUUUAGUCAAGUGAUCAAUUAUCAGAACCGAGAGAUAAUUACCAUGAAAGGUCAGGAGAUGAACUUGAUUAAAAUUCUAACUAUCUUCACGUCUAUUGACUUUUCAUCCAAUCGUAUUGAAGGGUCAAUACCAGAAGAGAUGAUGAAUUUUACAGCACUCCACGGGCUCAACCUUUCAAAUAAUAAUCUCUCAGGCCUCAUCCCAUCAUCCAUAGGGAAAUUGAAAGAUCUUGAAUCCUUGGACUUGUCAAACAACUCUUUUACCGGAAAGAUUCCAUCACAGCUUGCAAGUUUGUCUUUCCUUUCAUUUAUGAACCUCUCCUGUAAUCACUUGGCAGGGAAAAUCCCAAUAGGCACUCAACUACAAUCAUUCGACGCAUCUUCUUUCGUUGAUAAUAAAGGAUUAUGUGGACCUCCUUUAGUUAGCAAGUGUAGCAGGGAUGAGAGAGGUUCAAAAAAUGGUUGGACAAGUGUUGCAUCCGCGGAUUCAGGGGUUGAAUUUGAUUGGCAGUUUGUAUUUAAAGGAGUGGGUUUUGGGGUUGGAUCAGGAUUGGUCGUUGCUCUCUUGAUGUUUUGGGAUGAAGGGAGAAGCUGGAGCAACAACAGCAUCGAAAAAGUUCUUCUGUUGAUUCUUACUAUGAUUGACUUGGUUACACCCACGAGGGUUUAUGAGGUGGAGAAUGAUAUUGAAGAACAUAAAUCAGGCAUGGCAAGGGAGAAUAAUCAUCACAAUGAAGAAGAUUGUAAUUUUGAUUGUCUAAACUUUGGAGGGAAGUACUGUGUUUUCUGCUCCAAGCUUGGCAUGAGUAUGAAUAAGCCCAGUCAUGACACAUCGUGUACAUGCCAUCUCUCAACAUCAGCUUCACCAUCUACUGGUUCUUCAGAGUCAGAUACCGAUUCCUCUUAGUCACAUUCACUAUGAAAGCUUGCUCUUCUUUUUCUGUUUCGUUCCUUCGCUCCGUGUUGUGUUGUGCACACACCACCCAUGUGUAUAAUGAAGCUACUUAAUAAUGAAAAACAACAAUGAGAAUAAACAAUUAAUGAAGUCGCUUUUACUUUGUUUUCGGUGUCUUUUGUGGUAUCAUGUGAUCGACAAAUUAGUAAAAUGCUGCCAAUGCUCAUUCAGGACUUUCAUCAAACAGUUUGAGGCCCCGUUGAUACCCUCACUUGGGCACCAAAAAUUGCAUUUGAAGAAGAUAAGAGAGAAUCUCAGGGUAGCUAGGGAAAAGGAGCUGCUAUAGAAUUCACACUUCACAGGAUAGAGAGACCGAAGGUCGCAGGCUCGCAGCCCAGGGCUUCCGAAUGGCCCCACAAAAGAAGGGUGAAAAAGCAGAUGCCACAGCGACACUCGUCUCGAUCCUUCAAUUUCAUCUACAACGUUCCUCCAUCUU